GUUACUGGAAUAAUACGUCAUGCUGGGAUUAAGGGAUGUGGGCUGGCCCUGUGAUAUCCGAGGCUAUCCUCCUACUCUAAUUCAAUAGGAGCUGAGCUGCGGCUGUGGCUCUGUCGUCGAGCACACACGGACCAUUACAGCGAGCUCUCACACACUGAAUCACACAGGAAUAACACUCUCCGGCUCUGGACACGACUCUGGCAGCGACAUUUUCCACAGGCUGAAUGUUGGUGAAUAUGAGGACAGAUGUAGGAUGAAUCCACGGGAGGAUGUGCUCCUGAUGAUUGUGUUUUUCCACGGAGCGCACAUUUGCGAGAGUGAUGAAUGAAAACCGGAGGAAAACACCAGGAAAGAAAACCCGAGCUCGCCAUGGAGACGAGAGUGCAGUGAUGCCGUGGACACAUCUGUGACUCAAGUCUGAGAAAUUAAAAUCUGAGAACAAGUUCUGCUCAAAGCUGUGAUUUUUGCCUUUUUCGGAUCAGAUGCGGCAGAUGUGAGUUUGAUCCUGAGGACCGAGCAGACCCCCCUUCACACAGACUGGAGGAUGAUCCCCGGGGCCCCCAGCACCACCACCACCAUGCUCCCCGCCUCCGAGGCUGCCAAAAUCUACCAAACCAACUACGUGCGCAACUCCCGCGCCAUCGGCGUCCUGUGGGCCAUCUUCACCAUCCUCUUCGCCAUCGUCAACGUGGUGUGCUUCAUCCAGCCCUACUGGAUCGGGGACGGCAUGGACACACCGCAGGCGGGCUACUUCGGGCUGUUCCACUACUGCAUCGGGAACGGGCUGUCCCGGGACUUGACCUGCCAGGGCAGCUUCACCGAGUUCAGCACCAUCCCCUCCGGUGCGUUCAAGGCCGCCUCCUUCUUCAUCGGCAUGUCCAUGGUGCUGGUGCUCACCUGCAUCGGCUGCUUCGCGCUCUUCUUCUUCUGCAGCACCGGCACCGUGUACAAGAUCUGCGGCUGGAUGCAGCUGGCUGCAGGUACAUGUCUGAUUCUGGGCUGCAUGAUCUACCCGGACGGCUGGGACAGCGACGAGGUGAAGCGGAUGUGUGGCGAGCAGACGGACAAGUACACGCUGGGAGCUUGCUCGGUGCGCUGGGCCUACAUCCUGGCUAUCAUGGGCAUCAUGGACGCCCUCAUCCUCUCCUUUCUGGCCUUCGUGCUGGGGAACCGUCAGGACAGUCUGAUGUCUGAGGAGCUGCUGGGAGACAAGAGCGGCAACAACGCCAUAUAAUAUCUGAUAAUGGUAAAGCACACACACACACAGGUUUUGCUGCCUAAACGUGAUGUUACUUCAGGAUCCAGCUUCCCUCUCCUGGUCCGACCUGUGGCUGGGAUGCAGAGCUGAUGUGAAGGGAAAGAACAGAUCAAAGAGGAGGAGGAAGAGGAGGAGGUCUGAAAGAGGCCACACAACCUUGGUGGACACCAGGAUGCCGUUCGUCCUCUCUGAAAGCUCCACCCCUGUAAAAUAGCCGUCUCAUUCAUCUCAAACUGCAGGAUGAAUUGUCAAAAAGACGUUCUCAAAGUUAACCUGUGUUGGUAUGUCACUGUAUCAUCUUACCCAAGCUGUUCAAACUGAAAUGUUUGUCCGUGUGGAUGUGAGGAGGGCUGCAAUGGUUCAGCUGAAAAAAAGAAGAAAAAAAAAAAAAAACGAAAAAGACUCUUAG